CAUGACACUGACACAUGCAAAAAGAAAUUUCUUGGACUGGUUUUUGGUGUGGUGAUAAUGUGGAUGAAUUUAUUUUGAUUUCAUAAUUUUAUGGGCCAGUAAUCCUGUAAUAAUACAAGGACGAAUUAAACUCCAUUCAUUAUAAGUUUCUGAUUACUUUUGACAGUGAAAUUCAUUUAGAAAAAUUUAAUGUGAUUUUGAGUUAAGUCAUACAAAUGAGACAAGUUGAUCUAUUUUGAGCAUCAUGGCGGAUCCCGAGGACGAUCAUUCCAGUUCGACCAGAAGCAGUCCUUUAAAGAUAUCAUUGCCUACCGUCCUUUGCACUCCAGAAUCCGAAAUCGAAGACAUGUCACUCAAAAACUCAUUUGUUUCUUCCGAAUCUAAGUUAUCUUUACCCUCUAACUUGGGGACUCCCACAUCGCCGUUGAAGCUGUCUUCGCCUAUGUCCUUGCCCACUUCCCCUUCCCCCUUCAUGAGGACCACGCCGCCUGAUGCGACGACCACCAGCCAACCAAGUGGAGGCCAGAAUCUUAUCAACACAGGAUCUGCUACUGGCAACCCGCGCAACAAAUGUGCGCUGCAGCCGGGCCACAGUCUGAUGGACUGGAUCCGCCUGGGCAACUCCGGGAAGGACCUGACUGGAGUUGGCGGCCGCGUGCGCCCCGUCAGCCCUGCGGAGCUCGCCUCGCACAAUACACAAAAAGACGCGUGGUUAGCGAUCCGGGGGCGAGUAUACAACAUCACACAUUACUUGCCUUACCAUCCCGGAGGCCCCGAGGAACUCAUGCGGGGCGCAGGAAUAGACGCAACACAGUUAUUCGACAAAGUCCAUCCGUGGGUAAACUACGACUCACUUUUAGCGAAAUGUCUCGUGGGACCACUUCGAUUCGAUUUACCAGACGCCGAGGAGUUGUUCGAUUCCUCAAACCCCUCGCCCAAGUCGGAUCGGCUUAGAGAACCGUCUAAGGCACAGGAGCUCGUCAGGAAAUCGAUGGAAAACUUAGCUAAUUGCAUAACGCCGGUCAGAAAGAAAAUUUCGUCCAAAAGCGAGGAGAACAUGAAAGGCAGUCCGCCGAGUAAAAUCAUGCAGAGUUUGAUACAGUCGAGUGAUUUGCCGGUUUCGAUAAGUCGCAGAGCUGCGUCUAGUCCUAUUAAAAGUUUAGAUAAAUCUGAGGUUCCACCUUUGCGGUACGAUUGGAUUCAGACGUCAAUGAAACUGACUGUGUCCGUCUACACGGGCCCCUUGGCCAACCCGGGCGGGUGUGCGAGAAUAGCGGAGGGCGUCUUGCUAAUUGAAGUGGCGACUAACGGCUGGCUUAGAACGCUCAAGUUGGUGCCCGAGGGAAAAUUGCAGGGGCCUUUGCAGCUGCGGAUAUACGCCGAGAGUGGAAAAAUAGACGUGAUAGCCCAAAAAGUUGAACCACAAGUGUGGAAAGCGUGCGGAGAAGUGACUAUAGGUGUACCAUCGCUCGUAUCGUCACCACGAAGCGUGGACUGCCGCGUGGUGGGAGUGGGCAGUGUGACCCAUGACACCACCAUGUUAGCGCUGGAACCCCGGUCAGGACCUGUAGUCGUGCCGUUGGGACACCACGUGCGAGUCCACAGAAGAGUCAGCGGUUCGGAGUGCGUGCGGUCAUACACUCCUGUCGGGGAGGGCUGGUGCUCUCUGGACAGCGGUGCAGCGCUGAGGCUAGCUGUUAAGAAGUACCCCACCGGUGCACUCUCGCCACACCUCACUACAUUGAGGGAAGGCGACUCUGUUACGCUGUCUGGGCCGUAUGGCAGUUUUCAAUUGCAAAAGCUAAAAGCAGUGAAAAAUAUUUACUUCAUAGCAGCCGGUACGGGUAUUACACCUAUGCUGGGAUUGCUAAAGUUUAUGCUCUCGAGGUCCAAUCCAAGAUGCGAACGCGCUCAUUUGUUAUUCUUCAACAAAACGGAGGACGACAUUCUUUUCCGCGAUAAUUUUGAAACAAUAGCGAAAGAGGAUAACAGAUUCGCUGUGACACACGUUCUAUCAGACGCGAAGUCUGGCUGGUCCGGCCCGAAAGGCCGCAUCAGCUUCGAACUCCUUACUCAGACUCUGGGCAAAGAGUCCCUCAAGUGUGGGGACUCUUGCUCCCACUUUGUGUGCGUGUGUGGCCCCACCGAGUUCACGCAGGCAGGCCUACAACUGCUGAAGAAGUGCGCACUUAAAGACGAUUGUGUACAUGCAUUUAUGGGAUAACUUGUAAAUAAUAAAUUAGGUACAGUCGACAACACAAGCAACGCCAGCAUUAGUUGAAUCACGUAGGUAUAUGUACCGCAUCCGUUGUAACGGUCACCUCGCCAUAAGCUCGUCGCCAUUUUUAAUAUCUCACGGUUUGCGGGAAUUAGCAUCUUAUGCGACAGGGAUACAACCUGGUUGUAUUUCCAUUGCUAUUAAAGCCAUAUAAGUUUGGUAGUCAUCUUGGAAGAAAAUCUUCGAAAUUUUCAACUUACUAUUUUAACAAAUUACACUAUUACGACUAGUAAGGUCACGGUAUACAAGAACCUAUGCGUCUCACCAGAGAGCACUAAGUAUUAUGAAAUUAUUUCUUGUCACAUUGAUUUGUUAAUCAAAUUGUAACUCAAAUAGGUAUUUAUUUCUCGACGUACCUAAAAGAUCUUUUAAAUAAUCUACACAUUUCAGUAUGUGAUCAAUUUUAAAAUCCUAAGUAAUGUUAGUAUUGGAUAGUAUUAAAUUAACCCAUGAGUGAGAAACUAAUUAUACGUCACGUAAUAGAUUUAUGAGAAAAUUCAAACAUAUUUUUGAAUGUAAUUGGCUCAAAAUCACCAAGGUUGCGAAUUUCAAAAUCGGUUUUAUGACAAAAAAAAUUGCAAGCUAUAAUGAUGACUAUUAGUUUAUACUGUUGCUUAAUUUGUAUAUUUUUAAACCUUGACAGGGCAGCGCACAGAAUUCUUUAUUUUUUUAGUAAUAUUGCUUAGUAGUAAAUAUCUUGCAGAAAACCAUCAAUUCGGGAACGUUUUCCUAAGUUUCAUAAAACCCGAAAAAACCAAACAAAGCGCAUAAUUUGAGCUUUGUUUAAAACAUGGGUAUAUUAUGUAUCUAUUUUGAAUAAGCAAUAAUGAAAUCAAUACAUUCAAAAUUUU